CCCUCUAUGUCCAUUUGCAUUUCUGCUUGUUUCUCAACUAACAUCGUUAUUCAGUGAAGAAGAAAGAAACUCCAAAUGAUUGUUAUCCGUUCUGCUUCGAUGCUCCAUCUCCAAAAUCUCCCACUUCGCUACCAAUUCUUCUCUCACUUCACCCAUGCUUACUCCUCUCUUCGCAAUGCCACCUCGCCUUCUCUAUUCAACUUCAAACCUCGCUUCAUUCCUCUAACCCUUCCACGCCAAACGCAGUCACGGCUUGUUGCUUCUUCUUCUUCUUCUUCACCAGAAGCUUCUUCCAAUGGCAGAGACACUUUCUUUGCUGAAGAACACGUUCUCUGGAGUUCACUCGGGCUCUCUGAUACCCUUUCUCGAGGUCUCUCUGACAUUGGCUUCAAAAGACCCUCUCUCGUUCAGGCUUCUUCGAUACCGUCUGUGCUGUCAGGGAAAGAUGUGGUCAUUGCAGCGGAGACCGGCAGUGGUAAGACAUACAGUUACCUGGCUCCUCUUAUUGAUAAGCUAGCCCAGGAACAUUCUCCACAUGCUGUACCUGACCAAGAUGGGUUUUCGCCUCGGAAAAUUCUGCUUGUCCUUUGUCCAAAUGUGCAACUGUGUGAGCAGGUAGUUAGGAUGGCUGACAGACUCCGAGGAGACACUGGUGAAACCAUAGUUAGUGUGGCAGCCAUUUGUGGCAGACAGGGAUGGCCAACUCGAGAACCUGAUGUCAUUGUGACGACACCUGCUACUCUUCUGAAUUAUGUUGAUCGGGAUAGAUCUCGCCGCAUGGAAUUUAUGCGUGGUGUCAAAUAUGUGGUGUUUGAUGAAGCUGAUAUGCUUCUAUGUGGGAGCUUCCAGAAUAAAGUAAUCCGCUUGAUAAACUUGCUCCGCUAUGAUGAAAAACUCUCGUCAUCAAAAGGCACUGUAUCAGAGUUGCCAGUGGAACUUGAAUCAUCCUUGUCUUCACAUGAUGCUUCGGAAGGGGAAGAGGAACUUCCAACUGAAGCCAUCUCAGAAGAGGAUGUUGAUGAUGAUAGUGAGGAUAUCAUCAGUAUUGAUAAUGAAGCUGAAUCUGAUAAACGGAGAGACUGGAGAAGGGGGGCAAGGAAAAAUUAUGAGCGUAGUAAACAGUAUAUUUUUGUUGCAGCUACACUUCCAGAGAAUGGAAAGAAAACAGCUGGAGGAAUAUUGAAACAUAUGUUUCCUGGUGCUAAGUGGGUUAGUGGAAACUAUCUUCAUUGUCAUAAUCCAAGAUUGGAGCAAAGAUGGAUUGAAGUCACGGUUGAUACACAGGUGGGUGAACUCAUAAAGGCUGUGAAGCACGGUUUCACAGCCGAAUAUUUGGAUAAUGCUGGUGGCGUUCACAGAACAAUGGUGUUUGCCAACACUGUUGAGGCUGUUGAUGCUGUUGCAAAGAUAUUGCUACGGUCAGGGAUUGAGUGUUUACUUUAUCAUAAGAAUUGCACAUUAGAAGAGCGCGCACAGACCUUGGUUGAUUUCCAUGAGAAAGGUGGUGUUCUUGUAUGUACUGAUGCAGCUGCUCGUGGUGUAGACAUUCCAAAUGUCUUGCAUGUUAUUCAGGCAGACUUUGCUACCUCUGCUGUAGACUUCUUGCACAGGGUUGGUCGUACAGCUAGAGCUGGCCAAUUUGGACUUGUUACAAGCAUGUACACUGAAUCCAACAGGGAGCUUGUUAAUGCAGUUCGUCGGGCAGCAGACCUUGGUCAACCUGUGGAGACUGCAUUUAGCAGGAAAAGAAGCUUCCGUAACAAGCUCAAAAAGAGGGCGCGUGCCAACCAAGCUAGAGGUCCAGAAAUUAUUGAAGAGAGUUUUGUAGCCUGAGAAUACAAGCUUAUGUGACCCUAGCCCUGGGUAUCUGAACCAGAAAACACCUAAUGACAAUGUGAACAUCGCUAUGGGCCGUUGCUUUGAAGUGUACUAGCUGUUACACCUGCAUGCCUCAGAUUAUAUAGCACGGGUGGGUGCAGCAUGUAUUGAAUCCUACCGCUUCACGGGGAUGGUGAAAAAUAUGCUCAUUUAUGCGCCAAUCAAGCUUCUAGGGAAGUUGCUGAUAUUGGAAAAUACUUUUCAGGGCAAUUAGUUAUCUUGGUUCCUAUCAUUUUCACCUUGUAAAUUAUGAGACGAUUCUAUUAGUCACUUAUCAUUUUUGUUCUUCAUAAUUACUUGUGAUUGUGUUUCAUUAUUCUAUGCAGCAAGGCAAAUGCUAUUUUGCA